AUGAAUCUCAUUUAUCACCCAGUCCUUCUCUUAAUUUUGUUUUCACGCCUUUGUUUUUUCACUCGCCCCUCCUUUCUGUUUUUUCACUCCUCCCAGCCUUCCUUUCUGUUUUUUUUCCCUCCUCCCAGCCCUCCUUUUCUUUUUUUUUCUCCCAGCCCUCCUUUUCUGUUUUCCUCCCAGCCCUCCUUUCUGUUUUUUUUCACCCCGUUUCUCCCCACCCCUUUUUUCCUCCCCUCCUUUCUGUUUUUUUUCCUCCCAGCACCCCGUUUUUUUUUCCUCCUCCCACCCCGUUUCUUUUUUCCUCCUCCCAGCACCCUCCUUUUUUUUUUGUUUUGUUUUUUUUCACUCCUCCCAGCCCUCCUUUCUGUUUUUUUUCACUCCUCCCAGCCCUCCUUUCCCGUUUCUUUUUUUUUCCUCCUCCCAGCACCCGUUUCUGUUUUUCCUCCUUGUUUUUUUUUUUUUCCUCCUCCCAGCACCCCGUUUCUUUUUUUUUCCCAGCACCCGUUUUUUUUUUUUCACUCCUCCCAGCACCCCGUUUCCUCCCAGCACCCAUUUCUGUUUUUUUCCUCCUCCCAGCACCCCGUUUUUUUUUUCACUCCUCCCAGCACCCCGUUUCUGUUUUUUUUCACUCCUCCCAGCACCCCGUUUCUGUUUUUUUUCACUCCUCCCAGCACCCCGUUUCUGUUUUUUUUUUUUUUUUCCUCCUCCCAGCACCCCUGUUCCUCUGCACCCCGUUUUUUUUUUUCACUCCUCCCAGCACCCCCUUUUUUUUUUCCUGUUUUUUUUUUUCCUCCCAGCACCCCGUUUCUGUUUUUUUCCUCCUCCCAGCACCCGUUUUCUUUUUUUUCCUCCUCCCAGCACCCUGUUUCUUUUUUUUUUUUUUUUUUUUUUUCCUGUUUUUUUGUUUCUGUUUUUUUUUUCCUCCUCCCAGUCCCCAUUUCUGUCCACAUCCUUUCUCCGUUUACACCCACCUCCAUAUUUUUUUUUUUUUUUAACUCACUCUCUCUCACAGUAUCUUUUUACUUUCUUCUGUAA